CGCACCGCGCCAAACUACAAAUAGACGACGGUUAAUUAUAACGCCACAAGAAGAAAGAGAUAAAUAGAUACAAUGCCUGUGAAGAGAGCUCUUCAUUUAGAAGACAAAGAAAACAGCCCAGCUAAGAGACAUGUGGCAAACAGGAACUAUUCUCCCAUGACAGGAACGACGAAACCUAAAGCAGGUAAUUUUAAAGCAGUAGGGAAGAAAACGAAUCCUCCAGAAACAAAAGAACCCUUGACAGAUGCUGAGAGAAUGGUGUUCCUCAGGUCUAAGGUGCAAAAAUCUCUAAAGGACCUCAUGAAAUACAGACAACAACUGGAAACACUAGUGCCAGUAGAGGGCAGUAGUGAGCUGAGGAGUCUCUUGCUGAUGAGUCCUGCUGAUCUGCAAACCGAACUCAAGAGACAUGAGAUUCUGUCUGCUAAAAUUGCCUCUAGUGCACAUCGAGCUGACACAAACAAGGGUCCUCUACAAGGGUUGAAACAGACUGGCAGUUCUUCUGAAUAUCUGAAGGCAAUCUUAAGCCGCUAAGCGAUCAUUUCUCGAUGUACGACACGGACGGCAGCUGGCGUUUCGCUCAAGGUGGAUCACGUAACUCUCUCUUUAUCACUUUAAAGGCUGUCUGAAGGACAAAAGCUUAAGCUGACCAAAACAAAACACACACUUGUCACACACUUCGCACUGCUACAGUUGAGAACAACAAGUAAAACAUUUUUUUUAGCAGUCAGCACUCUUUAGUCCAUUAACUUUGGGUUCAAAAGGGUUUAGAAAAGGAGUUCAAAAGAGUUUCAAUCUGUAACCAAGCAUGUUAGAUAUGGUUAUUUCAUAUUAGCACUGUCUAAUAAAAUUGUGUCAUGCAUUCCGGUGGUGUGAAUUUUACAGGAAUGUUUAGGGUUUUUUAUCAACCUUUUUCCUACGCCCUAUUAUGCUUUCCGUGAUUUAUUGGAGUAACUAUUAGACAGUUAGCAAUCAGUGAAAUGUUUUUUAAAAACUGGGUACAAUGAGGUGUCAAUAUUCUCCUUAAACUUUGAUCAUGAUCAUUAUAUAUUGUAUAGAUGAUAUAAGCAGUCUAUUCUUUAAAGCCCAUGUGAAAUCUAAAUUUAUUAUGUUUAUUUUGCUAGUGCACAUUGUUAUU